GUGAAUAUCGCACAUGCAAGGAGAUUUAACAUGGACGACAGUCAUCACAAAAAAUUCAAAAUUUGCUGAUUUUAUUCAUUUCUGGCCUAACUUUGCAAAACAACAUGGGUUUAACUCGAGAAGAGUCUUACGAAAUAUUAGAGUUACCAGUCGGAGUGGAUCAGGAUUCUAUCAGAACAAGUUACAAACGACUGGCAUUAAAAUGGCACCCAGAUAAACACAGUGGUUCACAAGAUGCUCUUACAAAAUUUAAGCUUGUCAGUAAGAGUUACAAAAGAUUGACUACAGGAGAAAGUACAGAUGACAUGACACUAGACCAGAUGCUUUCACUUUUCAAAGAAGUUUUCUUUACCAGACCAAUCAAUUCCUAUAAUGGUUCGGGGUAUGACUCCUCGGAUGAUGAUGACGAUGAUGAGGAUAUUGAAGAAGAAGUGAAGUACUCUAACCUAUUUCCUGACAAAAUAAAACUUAAGCAAGAUUGGAAAAAAGCUCGGGAAGAGGGAGAUAUCAUGGGCAAAAAAUUAUCAGCUGAGGAAAUCAGUCGUAAUGCUGAAGAAUUGAUUACAGAAGAAGAGAAGGAAAAGAGAAGAGCAGAAAAAAGAAGAGCAAAGAAAAAGAGAAGAAGAGAAAAGAAGAAACAAGAAAAAACAGACACCGAUAGUUUUGAACCUCAGGAGGAAAAGAAAUCAUCAAAACAAAAAGUAAAAGAAAUUUCUGAAAAUAUUCCAGAGAAAAAUAAAAAAACAGAUAUGAUGGGUGAUGCAUCAACAUCCUCGGACGAAGCAGGCUUCGAUCCAAAUUCAGCAUUUUUCACCAAAGUCGUGAACAAAAAGAAGAAAUCUCCAUUAUCCGUGGAAACUCCACCUUCAAGGCAGAGGAAAGAAAAGGGAGAUAAAAGCGAUGAAGAAUCCGAAGAAUUAGAUCCAAAAACUCUACGUAGUAGACAACUUGCAAUAAAAGGCAACGAGAUGGCUCAUUUAGGUCACUAUAAUGCUGCAAUAGAAUUGUUUAGCGAAGCUAUAAAAUUAGAUCCUAAGGAUUUUAGAUUUUUUGGUAAUAGAUCUUACUGCUAUGAUAGAAUACAACAAUAUGAAAAGGCAUUAAAAGAUGCAGAAAAAGCAAUAUCAUUAGCAAAAGAUUGGCCGAAAGGCUAUUUUAGACAAGGCCGAGCUCUGGCUGGAUUAAAAAUGUUUCCCAGAAGCAGAGCAAGCUUUUACCCAAGUGUGCUUAAAUUAGAUAAAAAUUGUGAAGAUGCUGUUCAAGAGAACUUUUACGAGUGCGAACUCAUCAAAUAA